AUGGACGUCAAGUUCAAGCUUCUUGCAGAGGUGGCCAAAGGCUCUCCCCGACACAUUCGACGCCUUUCCGAAUACUCCACAACCUUUGAAGAUGCCGACGUGGGACUGGUUGAAGCAGUGCUUCCCUUCGUCGCAGGAGGACCCUCAAAACCUCUUGGGCACUACCGCGAAGUCUUUUCUACCCCCGUCAUUACCGACCCUCAAGCUCUUGCCGCCAUCAACAGUCUUAAAUUCCUAUCAUCCUUUUGCCUCCUCGCUGAUCGCCCCGGAGUUCCCUUUGACAUGGACCGCACGUCCGCUCUGCUGGCCAGCCAUUGGAGCUCCAUUCAGCGUUGGGUGGAGCUCUUUGUGGUGCUGGACUACAACCUCACCACCUGGUCGGAUUUCAUUGUCCGCGUAUCGUUGGCCGGCUCGCCUCUUCAAGAGAGACUCAUGAAAGAUCCCCCGACCGUCUCGUUGGCCAUCAAAAUAUUCGUCGCAUGUCCUCCCAGAUCGAUGUCGAAAGCUCGAGCGUUGGAACACCAUUGGACCGUCAAUUUCAUGAUGUACUCCUUCUUCGUCCAAGAAGACGGCGCUCAAACAGCUUGCGAGAUCAUGACAUCCAACAUCAACCGAUCCGAAGAUGUGAUCCUCAGCGUCUUCCGCCGACUCAAGUACAUAAAAACCACAUAUCCCAACGACGACGAGUGCUCCGGCAACGCAGUUCACCAGAUCCGAUAUCUCUACACCGUCAUCAACAACGCCUUUCUCAACACCCGGCUCCUCUCCAGCGUACAUGAUAGUCGCAUCGCGAGCUGCUUCCGCCUUGGCGCAGUCGCAUUGUGGUCCAUACUCGCCUCAGAACCUCCACUUCCCACCGAGACUACGAUUUGGCUCGAUCUAAUGCAGGUACUGAACAUAACCAUUGCCUGGACCUUUCACGGAGAGCACUGUCCUAUUAAAUCGCUUACCACCCUCCUUGGCUGCAAGCUUCUCGACCUUCUUCUCCUUGCACUGGCGCACACGCCGGUGAAUUCCCUGGCACAUCGCGAAGGGUUGGCGGGCCUCGAGUUGCUGGCGACAUGUGUCGUCUACCGCCCCAUUUGGUCCCGAAUUAACCUUCCUCCGCUCAAUCCUCCCCUCUUCCAGAAGCUCCCGCUUGAAGCCAUGCUCAUACUCCAAGGGCUCCGUCUUAACCUAUCUAACGCACGUUCAUUGUGGCCUUCGGCGGUGCCUAUGAACUAUUACUGCGAUUUCAUUGAGGUUGUCGUCGCGUUCGGUAUUGCUCCACGGUAUGCCAAAAAGGAGAUUGGAUCGCUCGUCACAAGCUUGAAUGCAAGGUUUUCCAAUGAUAAGCGCUCCUACAUGCCCAUGUCAAUCAAGUUCGACUUGUUAGCAUACCUGCUGCAAUAUGCGGUAUCUUCGAAUGCGCAACCCACCACCGUUACUCACCUGGCCAAGCUUGCCUCUCCUGAGCAUAGGGUCAUCAUCAUCGACCAUCGCUCCAGUCGAUCCGACGUUACGUUGGCAUGUUUGCAGGAUUACGUGGAACACAUGUCCGAGUAUCCGUCCCAUAUUGUCCCACGUCUGGAAAGUCUCCUCCACGCGCGAUUUUCACUCAGAGAGGUUCGGCUGAUACACGGUAUCUUCAAUUACGGCUCCCGGAAUGCCCACGUGUUUCUUCGUACCAGUUGGAGGACUGCAGACAGACGACAGCCUUUGAUACUCCUCGGCGUGUGCUUCAUUCACGACGUUAUUGACCUGGGAAUUGCCCCACCCUGUACCUGCGCCUAA